CAGCUCAUACUCAUUUGCCAUGUACGACAACACGGACGCAGGCGUGCUGAAGCAAAUAUAUGGCCCAAAAGAGCCACAGCUGGAAAGCCGUUCUGCCUUCCCAUUUGUGCUGCCCACGCCUACGGUUGUGCCUCCCGAGCAUCUGGAGCCUUUUCCUGAGAACGCAUUUGGACGCACAUUCGAAGCACAUUGCGGGUUUGAGGGGCCCUACCCCAAGUGGGACCUCGUGUACGCUCCCAUGCUGCUGGGUCUGCUGGUGCUGCUAGUGGCGGUGCUGCUGUCCACCGUGAUUGCAGUACUGGUUCGGAAGAAGAGAAGUUUACAAGCAGAUGUGAAGGAGAUUCAGCUGUGCACGGCCAUCUUGGAGAGAGCUGAACGGUCCAAGAGUGAGGCGGUGGCCAGCACGUCGCAUGAGCUGCGCACCCCAAUCAUUGGCAUGAUGGGCAUGAUCGAGGAAUUGUUGGAUUCGCCAUUGGAGGAGUGGCAGCAGGAGGACCUGCGGGUGGCGAGGGCGUGUGCGGGCGAGACGGUGGAGCUCAUCAACCGAGUGUUAGACCUCGCCAAGCUGCAGGCCGGCAGGCUGCAGCUCGAGACUCUCCCCUGCUGCCUGCGCCGCAUUGUGAGCGAGGCGACUGCAACUGCCAAACCGGGGAAGAAUCUGCAAGUGACAGUCCAUGUGGACGAGAGUGUUCCAGAAACAUUGAUCGGUGAUCCAAGUCGCCUCUUGCAAGUCAUGGCUGAACUUGUCGCGAGUGCCAUGAACAACACGGCAGCGGGCCACAUAGCCAUCCGACUCUGGUGCAUCCCUCCUCCACAUACCGUCAGCUCGCCUCCUCCUCCAACCAAUGCUCCCACGGGCGCCACACAAGCUUCCUCUGAGCCUCCACCGGCGCCCUCACCAUGGCAGGAGCUGGCCGGCUGUGUUCGGCGCUUCCCUCUCCCUUCUCACCACUCGCAAGCACCGACCGCAACAAGGCCUCCUCCUCCACCCGCUGCUCCCACGGGCGCCACACAAGCUUCCUCUGAGCCUCCACCGGCGCCCUCAUCAUGGCAGGAGCUGGCCGGCUGCGUGCGCCGCUUCCCUCCGCCCACACGCCUGCUCUGCCUUCCCCAGCGCCACCUAGCUAGCCACGGGGGGCCCGUGGGUAAUGGGGGUGGGAAGGCGUGCAGCAGAGACAGCAUGGGCAGUGCAGAGGAGAGGCAGGGUGGGGAUGGGCGGUUGGAGGAGGAGGUGAGGGAGUGGGUGGAGGGGGCGUGUGCGGUGAGGGAGGAGGGCGAGUGGAUAGUGGUGGUGGCGUGUGAAGACACGGGCGGUGGUAUACCACCCGAGGAGCUGUGGGGGUUGCUGGACCCACAUGGCCUUGCUUGUCUCCCGCCGCACGACAUGCACGGCAAUGGGCAUCCAAGAGUCAUGGAGAGAAUACGGUCGUUCGGGAGGGCGGAUUCUCUGAAGGGCCUGGGGAGGGCAGAUUCAUGGAAGGGCCUGGGGAGGUUGGCGUCGUGGCGGCAGAGGGAGCGCAGCGUGUGGGAUCCGUUGCAGCGCGAUCGCAAGGCAGCUGCAGGCCCCCGCUGGACGCCCUACCCUGUUCGCUUCCUGCUCUCCACCUCCCUUGUAAGCUCCUCAGCUCACCUCCCUUGUGGCGGAGAUGUGGGGGGGCAUGGCAUGGCAGUGCUGUUCACUCCAUCACUCCCGCACCCCCUUCUCUUCCGACCACCCCCACUCGCCCGGCAGGUGGCGGAGAUGCGGGGGGGCAUGGCAGUGCUGUCAGACGCCUCCACAGGCACCACCAUUCUGCUGGCGCUGCCCCUGGGGGGAGGGGAGGACGCCAGCAGCACAAAAGUUGGGGAGGAAGCUGACGAGCCAGGGGGCGCUGCUGAGGCGCGAGAGAGAGGAUUGGAGGAGGGGCCUCCCAGUGGCGCUGCGGCUCUGCCUCAGCAGCGGCCAGCAGCAGAAGGGGCACGUGCACUGGUGCAUGCUCACACGUUUCCACAAGCCGAGAUAGAGAGGGCCGUGGGGGAGGCGGAGCGGGUGGUGCGGGCGGUGGUGGCGGGGCGGGGGGUGGCGGUGGUGGAUGACAACGCGGUGAACCGCAUGGUGGCGCGCAGAACGCUGCAGGGCUACGGGGCGCACGUGCUGCUGCUGCCCUCCGGGGAGGAGGCGCUGCAAGCGCUCUCCUCUGCUCUUGAGGCGCCUCAACAGUCGCUCUCCUCUGCCACGCCCUCCCCGCCCAUCCACCUGCUGCUCCUCGACCUCCACAUGCCUCCCGGCAUUGACGGGUCCGUGCCCCUCCUUUGCCCUGCUGCUGCCCGUUUGUCACUCCGCAUCGACGGAUUCGUGUCUUGCUUCGUGUUACCUCCACCUCUCUUCAUCCUGCAACCUCUUUGCAUCCUGAUAGUGAUGUUGUAA